UUUUCAGGGGGUUGUAAAUGAAUCGGACCCGCGCAGACGUAUUAACGCGAGGAUGGCAGCCUUCCUUGAGCACACGCUGCCCGAGGAGGAGAGGGAGUUUCAGAAGAUUAUAGCUCUGAUCGGAGGGAAAGAGCGGAUUUAUUUGGUGAGCGAUGCCCGUAGAAGUAGAGACGUGGACGGGGAUGACGCUGGAAUAUUGCAGGAGUUCAUUCAAGAUAUGUUUCACAACAGCGGCGGACAGCCAAAUACCUCGCGGACACAUCACGGAGAUACUGCAAGUGAAAACACCGAUUGCGGCAAACAAGGGACUGUUAAAAGCAAUGACAUCCCUUUAAUAGAGAGGCCCACGGAUGUUGUUUUGGGAGCCUGUCCGGGGAAGAGGAAGAGGACAAGGAGAAGCAGCCAACGCGCAAGAAACGCUCAGAGAACAGCAACACGGAGGGCGAACAUUUACAGCCUAAAGCGAACCAUAGACUCUCCUAUCAUCAUCUUUAUCUUCAGACAGACGUUUAUCAGCAAACAGUCCAACGAUUUGUGUUUAAAAGAGACACUGAAAGACGUUAAAGCACGCACAAAACGUGCCAGAAUCGCCCGACCGGCUCUGAUGGGAUUAAUACACACCAGACAGGAGAGCGCCGAGACGCAUCAGUGUGCGCAACUCCUGGAGCGCCUGAUCCGCUCAGUGUUCCACAAACAGUCACCAGAGACUGUGUGGGUCGGCAGCUUCAUCCCGAAGAUGGAGGACAAAAUGCUCAGCAUCAAGAAAAACGCCUGCAAAGUUAUAUACUCAUCUCAAACAGCAGAUAAUACCGGGGAUAGAGGGAACCAGCUUUUCUGGCCAUUCCAAUGUUUGUUCAGGGCUCAGAGAAGAGGCCAGGCCACCAACUCGUCAACCGGCAGACAAAGAGGUGACACUGGAAGUAAAGAGGAAGGCAUCCCUCUGAAAAUCAAAUCGUUGUCUGCUGGACCUCAUGUGAAUGGAGAGUCAGCUGGAGGAGACAUCUGAAGUCAUGACACAUGGGAUGCAGACAUAUCACUUCUGACAAUCCUGUUUAAACUGUGAAGAGAAGGUUAGCCUUGUGGUACUGCAGAGCCUUACUAUAUGUUUAGAGCCUUGUCUAGACAGUGUUUCUUCAUAGUGUUCAAGAUUCCAACAGCUGAGCUAUCAUGAUUCUUGUCCUGAAAAAAUAUUUGGCUAAAUAUUCUAAAUCUGUCCUGCUGAUUUACACAUUGUCUCUGAUGCACAAUGGUAAAAUGUAUUUACUGUCUAUGUUUGGGGCUGGUUCAAGUAACUGUUAGUCAUAUGAACUAUAUCAUAUCAUUUAACACCACUUUUGAGGCCUGGAGAGAGAUCUUUCUGUUAUUUUAGUACAUUUUGAAACCGCAGUAUUGCACGUUUAAAGCAAAAGCUUAUGGUAAAAGUAGGCCUACUCCUUUAACAUGAGGCAUAGUUAAGUACAGGGUAAAGUAAAGUACAGGUACUGGAUUGCCAACUGGUCCCUAGAACUCCAGUGGUUUCAAAAAGCUUAUUGUGUGUUAUUUGGAAUAUACAUCAACAAAGCGCAACAUCAACUGACAUAAUACAGGUCUUAAGUGAGGUCCUGCUUCACUUCUAUGGGACCAAGCAGCUUCUUCUUUUUUACCUGGGGGGCCCCAGAAGGUAAAUCCAGCCAUGGGUCAAGUUCUUUGUUAAUUUAUUAGAAUGAUGUGCCUUAGAUGAGUGCUAAUGACAAAAGCAUUAUCUGCAAUAGAAGCAAAUGAAACUACUUUUCACUUUUUAUGUAUUUAUGUAGGCUAUACAUUUGUAAAUAAACACAAAUAAGCUUUUGUGAGUGUGCAGCUCUUUUUAUAUGGACAUUCACUGUCAAUUAUUUCAGACACUGUA